AUUCAGAAUUCCUCAAAGAAUGCGGUAUAAAUUCAAAACGAGUUGAACUCAACGCAUCCGCACUCCACUAGUUAUAUUAGUAGGGUGCAAUUUUCCCCACAGAAAAUGUGGUCGUCGUAAUGCUGCAGUGAUUUUAAUUAAUGCUCGCCGGUAGAUAACGAUACAGAGCACCUAACAUAAAAGUGACAAAAUGGGAAUUUUACAACGAGUUUAACCGUUUCUAUACGUGCCUGCAGUGCCGGAAAACAGCAGAGUUCCGAAAUACCAGAUUGAAGAUAUGUGCAACGAAAAAUGCUGCGUCGAUAUCGCUCGUUACAGCAACGUCUACUGCGGCGGACUGGCUUUGCAUGGGAUGGUAGUGUAAAAAUGCUUUACUUCGCUGCUUUUCUGGUGGCAAUCUUCGUGGCCGAACAUACUGUGGGAGUGAGCUGUUUUCACCUGGAUGUGCAAAAAGUAAAUCACAUUAUAUUAGAUAACGCGAAGGUAGAUAAAAGCAACCUGCAUCGGUAUCUACAGGAACAUGAGCAAAUCUUACUAUUUGGAAAGGAAAGUACAAAUGACUUCAACAUUGUUAGCGUACGACGAAGAAAACGUGAGGCGAGGUCAUCAGAAAAGUUUAUUCAGUUUAACAUUAGCGAUAACACAGACGAAAACUUUUCUGUGAAAUUGAAGAAAUCAGAGAUACUAAUCGAUGAUUCUUUUGCAUUUAUCGAGAGCUACGAUAAUUCAACGCAACUAAUAGAUGAUUCGUAUCAAUUAGUGCAAAAGUAUGCAGACUGCUUCUAUCGCAAUGAGAAUGCAGCAUUCGAUCUGUGUGAAGGUGGAAUUCGGGGUUUGCUGAAAUCGAACCAGUCUGACUUAAUCUUACAUCCACUGCCAGAACGAUUCGGCUCUGAUAACCAUAUACUAAUUAAUAGAAAUAGUACUUCUAAGUUUACUGCUCAUACAAACCAGACUGAUAACAAUGUGAUAUUUGAGCCAGAUAUGUCCAACUAUGAACCUUCGUAUUUUGCAACGGCAAACAAGGAUCGAAAUAAACGUCAUAUUAAUAGUAUAAAGGUUCCAGAGGUCCUUCAUGUUGAAACUGCAAUUUUCAUCGAUAAAGACCUCCAUCGACACAUGUCAAAGAAUUUUCCUAAAAACACCGAAGCUCAUCUCAUUCGUUUCGUGCUAGCGAUGAUCAAUGGCGUUCAACUACUCUACAAUCAUCCCUCGUUAGGCCAUCCAAUCAAUUUCAUCCUUAAACGAUUAGAGAUCCUACACAAUGAUCCAAAGGACCUCCGACGAUCUAGUGAUAUUGAUGUGUAUCUGAACAGUUUCUGUGGUUGGCAGAGGAAGUUGAACCCGAUUUCGGACGCCGAUCCGGUACAUUUCGAUCAUGCUGUGAUACUCACUGGACUGGAUCUGUAUGUGGUAAGCAAGACCGGAAAGGUGAGCAAUCAAGUCGUUGGACUCGCACCGGUGGCUGGCAUGUGUACGAUGACUUCCAGCUGCACUAUCAACGAGGGAAAACACUUUGAAAGUGUGUUUGUGGUUUCGCAUGAAAUCGGUCAUAACUUAGGAAUGCGACACGACACUUCGGAGAAUAAUUGUGAUCCCAGUCUGUAUAUUAUGUCUCCGACACUUGGAAGUGGUAAAAUCACAUGGUCCGCAUGCAGUCGCAAUUAUCUGAGCUCCUUUUUGAAAACAACUCAAGCGAUUUGCUUAUUCGAUCGAGGUCAUUAUGGACCAAGUUUAGACCAUGCUGCCCAGGGCAUGUUGCCCGGCGAACGUUUCGAUGCAGACCAACAGUGUAUGCUCAAGUAUGGAAAGGACAGCAUUCGAUCUCAGACUCAAAACAUUGCCGAUAUUUGUCGAGACUUGCACUGCCAGAGGGAUCGAUACACAUGGACCUCGCAUCCUGCACUAGAAGGGACUGCAUGCGGAACACUUUUGUGGUGUCGAAGUGGGGUUUGUGUUUCGAAAAUUCCAGGUCUUACGAUUCAGUCCAGUGGGAAACACAUAACUGCUUUUAAGACUAUCGAUAAGAAGGCAUUUAUUGAGGGGUUGAAGUUUGCUAGUUUGAAGCAAGACACCUCCAGGAUAUUGAAUACCAUUCCAACAUGGGAUGCUUGGGGAGAGCCAACCGAGUGUGAAUCGGGCUGCUUAUAUGGCGAAUCAGGACGCCUCAAAGAAGGCAGCGUGGGUUUGCGGCAGUAUAGUAGAACUUGUCUAGAUAAAAGGAAUAGUUGCGCUGGAUCAAAUAAAAAAUAUGAAACUUGCAUAGCAAAACAGUGUUACAACAUCGCGCGAACCACCAUACUAGAAUUUGCCAAUCAAAUUUGCGACCGAGCCAAGGCGUUUGAUUCCGAUAUAUUGGGUUUAGGUCUGCAGAAAGUUGCCGAUGAUCCGGAAGAUGCAUGCAAAGUUUUCUGUGAAGCAAAAUCUGGUGAACCAAAAACCAAAAGUUGGAUCUUCCCCGAUGGGACAGCAUGCCGCGUUCAGAAUGCUGAUUUUGAUGAUUACUUCUAUUGCAUCAGUGGGACAUGUCAGAAAUUUUCCUGCAACAGCUCGUCAGAAAACUUCUACCGAAUUGAUCCAAUGUUUUGUCCCGAGAGCUUUACCCCAGCUGAUAGAUUGAGCAAUAGCAUUCAACAAGAGAAUGGACGAGAUUAUAAAAGCCUCAAUAUUUUACAAAACAUUCAUACCACCAGUCGUAAACUGGAGAAUGUGACUCAAAACUCUGUGCUUUACAACUUUCCAGAACGGAGACGCUUUCCCGAAUCAAACUUUUACAAAGCUGAUACAUACGGUAGAUGGAGAGCUCGGCAGUUUGAGCCGGAAAAAUACGACAAGCUAUCGCAGCUACGAUCUCGGAAAAAUCAGUGGGAUGUCAAGUCCGGGUGCCACUUUAGCUGCAUGGAAAAAUCUAAGGGAAUUCAAAUUGUUGCCUCGAAGAUGGAUAUCCGAACGAGCAUUCAACUAUGCACUCCAAAUACAAUCGCUUGCGACAAGGUCGCCACAACUUACGAGUACGCGACAAGGUUAUGCAAACGAUAUCAGCUAAAGGUACGUGGCCUCUCCGGCAUCGGUAUGCAAAUUGCUCCUAGCGUGGAGGAUCCGGAUCGAAGUUGUCGCAUUGCAUGCCAGGAUAAUUUCAUUCGACAUCGGUUUUACCUUGUUAAUGGGGAGCAGGGGCAUUUUCCGUUCGGUGCUCGAUGCAACCAUGACGAACCGAACCGAUAUUGUGUCAAUGGAAAGUGUUUGCGAUUUGGAGAAGACGACACGCCUGUCAACGAAUCAUACAAUAGCUUAGCACAUCUUCGAACGAAACGAAAUGUAGGAAGGGUUAGAAGACAUUUCGAAUACUUUUCCCCGGUUAACGUAACCGAACGCAUUAGUCAAGCGUAUCUCGAAAACUUGAUAGCUAAUAUCGAUUUUACAAGGACCACUGGAGACAUUCUCGAGGAUAACAUCGAUUUCAGAAAUCCAAUCUAUUUCAUUCCAUGAAAAAGGAAUAUGAAGUCAAACAUUUAGGCAUUUC